CGCACCCCCGAACACCUUACCGCGUCGGAAACUUCGCGAUUAGUCACGAUACUAUGUGAUGAAAUGUUUAAGUAAUGCGACACAAGCAACUCGUGCGACGAUGAUAAAUGGAUCGGGUGCGAGCGAGAGGUGCGAGGUUCAGGUGGGGAAUACGAACGGCGGCCGAUACGGUCAGAAAGAAAGGGAAGAAGCAGACGACGAGAAUAAAUAAUGGAAAACAUUUCAUCCGAAAUAUGGUCAGUUACAGUACGGAGGCCAGUCCUCAGUUUAAUAUAAAACUUGAGGACAUACCACAAAUAAUCGUAUGUUCAAAUGAAACAAUGGAGUUGAGAGGUAUUGACUGUUAUCGGCCUGGACUCACUCGUCUAAUGACGGCAGUUGGCCAUUACUAUGCCGUUUGUAAAAGAGGGAGCAGUUGGCAGUUGUUUGAUGACAUGAAAAAACAUUCAACCCCAAUGAAGUCUACAACAAUAAAUCCGUGUGAAUACUUAGUGUACACAAUUUGA